AAAUGUCUGCCACAGACAGAACUUUUUCACCGCACAAAUUUCACCGUGUCCUAGUAGGAAAAGCGCAGGUGUUACCAAUAACAAUAACAUUUGCUCCGCCUUAUUCAGGCAUCCCAGUCAGCUGUGACAGCGAGCCAGCAUGUACAACACCAGGACCCUGAAACUGAGGCAGCUAUGCUGAAUUAAACGGUCAUUAGUUUUAUCGUUUACACCUGUUUUUCUUACUAUAACAGGUCAAAAUGUCUUCGGUGAAAAAGGCCUAUUAAGCCUACUCCGAGAGGUCACAUAAAGGAACCAGGUGGCGUGGUGUUGUGCCAGCUGUGUGACAGGCCCUGCCUUUGCCCCAGUCCUUCCCCCCAGUGCCCGGCAGGGGUGCCACUGGUGCCGGAUGGCUGCCGGUGCUGCCAGGUGUGUGCCAGGCAGCAAGGCGAGUCCUGCACUGAGAUGCUUCCCUGCGACGGCCAGAGGGGACUGCAGUGCGACUACAGCGCCAGCUUCCCCGGAGACCCCGGGGAGUGUGUCAGUCAGCAGGACCUGGGCUGUGAAGUCAACGGCGUCACUUACCAUGAGGGCCAGUCGUUUCAGCCCUCCUGCGACACUUACUGCCACUGCAGAGGUGGCGGGGUGACCUGCGUGCCAGCUUGUCCCAUGACCGGCCGUCUUCCCACUCCAGACUGUCCCAACCCACAACAUAUCCGGCUGCCGGGUAAAUGCUGCAAGGAAUGGGUGUGUGAAAACCUCGAGAACACGGUCAUUCAGGAUGCAAUCACAGCCACGAGACCCAAUAGGUUGUGGCCCGCUCUCCCCAGGGAUCACCCUCUAAACAAACUGGCGCGACCUGCCUCCACCUGUAAAGAGCAGAGCACCCAGUGGAGUGCCUGUUCCCAGAGUUGCGGGGCUGGGGUCUCCACACGGGUUUCUAACCAGAAUCCUGCCUGCAAGCUACAAAUGGAGACUCGACUUUGCAAAGUGCGGCCCUGCCAUGCAGCCCAACCAGCCCCCAGGAAACCCAUGGGGCAUUGCAAGGCCAGCUACACAUCGCCCGGGCCCAUUCGGCUCGUUCACCACGGCUGCUACAGCACUCACGCCUACCAGCUGCGGUACUGCGGACAGUGCACCGACUCUCGCUGCUGCACACCUUACCACACCACCACUGCUGAGGUGACCUUCCGCUGCCCCUCUGGCAGACUGCUGCAGCGAGCUGUGAUGAUGAUCCACUCGUGUGUCUGUCACAGCAACUGCCCCUACUCCCCGUACAGAAACCCGGCUCUUUGGGGAUACAGGCCCUGAUCGGCCCGUACGAGAACUGCACGAGAACAGCGUGACUCUUCACUGACUGAUUCGGGGGCCGAACAGUGAGAGAAACCUUACGUAUCAUCAGGCGGAUCCACUGAGGCAUCCUCUCAUCAAUGGACCUUGAAAGAGAAAAUGAUCAUUGUAGAUGAAAAACUCUGAUUGAGCUGUGAUGAAUGUUGAUCUUCACGUAUGGACAACCUCAGUCUGCACUUAUUCAUUGCUCCUUUGUAGUCCCGCAGCUUGGGAUGCUAUUGUUUUGCUGGUUUUUGGCCUUAUCCAAGAACCACAAUCAUUUGGCAAAUCAAGCAAGUAAGCAAACUUUAUUUACAGUAUGUAGCACUUUUCGAAACAGAAGUGCUUUACAGGAAAAACGAAAAGGAGUCAGAGAAGAUUUAUAUAUAAAACAAGGGUAAAUAAGUGUAUAACCCACAAAGUAAAACUUAUAGAAAUAAGGAAACAAGUGAGCUUUAAGAUUCUUUUUAAAGAUGUGCACUAGAUUUGGCUUCUCUGAGAUUUUUCCUCCCAGAUAUCACGGAGCACAACAACGCCAUGACGCACAAAGGUACCUGAUCAUGUACUGUCUCGUAUGUCAAAAGUAACAUUUUAAACUCCUCAGUCCUCGGAGAGAGACGGGGAGCCAACAGUGAGGAACUAAAACUGGUGUCACGUGUCGUUUAGGUGUUUCUGUAAGAAGCAUUUUACAGAAGUCGAGGUGUGAUGAGAUAAAAAAAACAAACAAAACAACAACACGGUUGACUUUUUCCCAAGUCUUUAGGUUGAAGCAGCACCGGCAGUUUUCCUUAAACGGACAAGUCAGGACCGGACCAGUCAUAUGUAGCUUAAUAUUUAUGUUAGGAUCAGAAGUAAUCCCAAGAUUUUUUUAUACACUGGGUUUCAAAUUUGUUUUACCGAGAGGGCCAAUUAAAUCUGAGUAAUUCUGCGUAAUUGUAUCUCGGUCCAGACGAAGAAUUUUUUGUAAUUCAAAUAAAAUUUUGUCACCUAAAUAAAAAAAAAA